AUGCCACAAGAUCCAUGGAUGGCACACACAUUCUUCUCGGCCUUUGCUCCGUUUCCUCGCUCCUCGUGGAUUCACCCAAACGUGCCAAGAGACGGACUGGAUCACGUGUGCAAAAUCAUUUGGAGUAGAGAGGCGGCACUGAACGGUCAAAGUUCACCACAGAGGCCUCCAAAUGAAAUCUGCAACCUCUCAGACCAUCAACAGAGCAGCAGAGAAAAGCAGCAGAAGGACACUGAUUACAUGAGUGUGUCCACACGACACGAGGAGCACAAGAAGCAACACCACACCCACACUGCCUCCACUGUCCUACGUCCUUAUAACUCAGAUCCCAGGCACCCCCCUUUUGCCAAAUCUGCAAAGGAAGCCUCUCUUGCGAUGGAACUCGAGGUGAAGAUAAAUAAGGACGAGGCCGAAAACAGGAGAAAGUCGGUGAGAGGAAAACUUGUGACGGACAAAGAAAGGCUUAUAAAACAUUCACUCAAGAAGACGGUGGUGUUACAGAGCAACAUGAGAGACAAUGAGGGCCCUGGAGUCCAGUCCUCACCCCCUCCUCCUGAAUUCACUAGACAGUCGUGUGAGGAUAAGGUAGAUGCAAAAAGUGUCUCACUGAGCAGUCUGAGCACUGAUGAUGGCCUUGUCUCUCUACCUGGAGUGCGAAAUCGUGCCACCGAUAGCAGCAGUGCAAGCUCAGUGAGCGACACGAACGAGGAAAAUAAAAUUCCGCACUCCUCUUAUGAUUCAAAACCCGUCAGCGAGAAGGAUUCCCAAAUUAGCAAAGUGGGAGACCUUCCUCAGCCGUUGCAAAACAGCGCUGGCACUCCUCUCUGUCCAACAGAACCUUUGGCUUUGGGGAAAGUGCGCGGGAUGUCGGAGGUCCCCCAUAUUUUCCACCCAAAUGACACCCUCGCUGACACUUUGGCUAGGGCCACAAGUACCCUUGUGCAGACUCCAAUCCAAAUCGAAGCACCUCAAACGCACUCUAAACCCGACGCAUCACCAAUGUGGCAGCAGGCUUAUGACCUAUUGGCUGAUUUCCCGGCACUCCAGCCCCCGGAGAAGCCUUUAGCUUUGAAUGAACUGCGUCACGGGAAUCCCAAGACCAAAACUGUUGAGGUGAAGAGAGGUCUUACUCACUCGCCCAAUCACUGCCAAGACAGUGGGGUAUCCCAUGAGAGGAGAGUGGAAAAUGUGCCCCGUGAGGUCUCCGCCAUCUGUUCAGGAGAUCAAAAACCAGCACAGAGCCUUCAAACAUUUGGCUCCGUCAGGCAAUGCAACUCUCCUACCAUCAGCUGUGAGAAAACGAAGGCCAGCAACCAGCCUCGUCCUGAAGGUACAGAUGGCGUGGGUGUUAAUGCCAGGUCUUGGGCUAGCGCUGCCAAGGCGGGCAUGAGGCAAGCAGCUGCCCUACAGGAGAAAGCCAGACCUCGUAUCUUUAAGGAGAUAGUCACCGCUACCAGAACCAAAGAGGUGACUGAGAAAGUGAUGUUGAAUGUGGAGUUUGAUCCACUCAACAUCCCCGGCUUUUAG